CAGUAGUUGUCUUUUCAAAUCGAUAAUUUAAUUGUAAUUACGUGUAACAAAAUAGUUUUGUUAUCUGGCAUGAAAACUUGCCUAAAAUUUAAUGAAAAAUUAAAUACCAACAAUGAAUUCUAAUAGAUAAGGAUAAAAUAACUUAGUAAAAUAUUUUAUAUCUAUAAGUAAAGAAACAUUAAAUAUUUAGGAAGUAAAAACAAGUAAAUCAAUUUUUUAUAAAGUCAUGUUAGGUUUAUUAUUUUUGGUAUUUUUAAUAAAUUCAUCGAAUUUUGAUGUCUAUUCUCUUAAAACAUUUCCAAUAACAACAUUAAUUAAUGCCAAAUGGAAACAAACGCCGAUUUAUUUAGAAAUUGCUGAAUAUUUAUCAGAUGAAAAUCCUAGCUAUUAUUGGGAUUUUGUUGAACGUUUGGGGGAUUUGGAAACAUCAUUAGCAAACAUUGAUACUGAUUCUAAAUCUUAUAUAAUGGCGAUGGGUAUUGCAAAUAAUAUUCUGGGGCCGAUGCAUUCCACUUUACUUAAAUUAGCAAUAUCCAUGCAUAGUUUAACACCAAGAAUACAAACACAUUUGCAAAUAGCAAAUGAAUCGCUAAAUGUUCGAAACUGUGAUAAUAACAUUUUUUCAACAGUUCGUGGUGUUGUAUGUUGUAGCUUUGAAGAGUUAAAAUCGAAGUUAAAUAAUAAUGUACCCAAUAGUGAUAACGAAGAAACGUAUUCUUUUGAUCAUAUUUAUUCUGGAUCUGAUAAGAAUGCUUUAUCAGUAGUUCUGUAUGGUGAUAUUGGAUCUGAUGAAUUUCAUGAAUAUCACAAAUUUCUAAAGCAAAAAGCUAUUGAAGGUCAAAUAAAAUAUAUUAGUCGGCACUAUGUUAAAAUAAAUAACAAUAAGCCCGUGCGUUUGUCUGGUUUUGGGGUUGAGUUGCAUUUAAAAUCUACAGAAUAUAAGAGUCAAGAUGAUUCACCACGUACCCCAGAAGAAAAUGUUAAAUUUGACGAAGCCACUGAAACUGUUGUAGACGGCUUUGAUUUUGAAACCUUAAAAUCAAGAUUUCCCGAUCUGGAGAAUUCUUUGAAUCGCUUACGAAGCAACUUAUUAGAAAAAAAUGAGGAUCUUGCACCACUUAAAGCAUGGGAAUUCCAAGAUCUAGGAUUACAAGCAGCUCAACGUGUAGCUGAAAUACAGGGAGAAGAAUCCUUGCAAAUUUUACAGCUUACCGCACAAAAUUUCCCGACGCAGGCGAAAUCUUUAUCCGUUCAAUCAGUUUCUCAGGGCUUACGAAAAGAAAUUAAACAUAAUAUUGAGGUGUUUGGCCGAAGUUUAAAUAUUCAACCGCCCGAUGCGGCGCUAUUCGUUAACGGAUUGUAUUUUGAUGUUGAUACGUUAGAUUUGAGUUCAUUAGUAGAAACGUUGCGUUCCGAAUUAAGAGUCAUUGAUAAUUUAUACAAAAACAAUGUGAGUGGUAAACUUGCGGCAAAAUUGUUAGCUCUUGAUUUGUCCGGAUCGAGUAAUAAAGAGUUUGCAAUAGAUAUAAGGGAUUCCGCAAUAUUAUGGAUAAAUGAUAUAGAGAAUGAUCCGCAGUAUCGAAGAUGGCCGUCGAGUGUAACAGAUUUAUUACGACCUACUUUCCCAGGAAUGCUUCGAAAUAUUAGAAAGAAUGUUUUUAAUUUAGUUCUCAUAAUAGAUCCUUUAAAAAUUGACUCUAGGAAUUUAGUAAAGUUAGCUGAAAGUUUCGUAAUUCAUUCAGCGCCUGUAAGAUUGGGAUUGGUAUUUGACGAUAGAAAAUCGGAUUCGACAAACGAUGACUCUUAUAGAGCAAUGUUUUGUGCAUUUAAUUAUAUAACCCAAAAUAAAGAUGCAAGGGCUGCAAUAAGCUUUUUGACCGACAUUUAUGCUUCUAUUCAAAAAGACAAAGAUGUUACAUAUAAAGAAAUUAAAUUACAAUUGAAGAAAUUGUUCAACUCACUAUCUUUAGAUGAUAUUGAAGAAAUUUUAAGUGAAGACUCUGAAUAUGAUUACGGGCGUAAAUUGCAUAAAGAUUUUGUCCAAAGAAUUAAUUUUAGAAGCACACCACAGGCUUUAAUUAAUGGUGUUCCCGUGCAAGAAUCAUUCUUAAACGUUGAUGAUUUUGAAGAGGCUAUAUUCACAGAGGUAAUGCAGCAAACACCAAUUCUACAGAAGGCAGUUUAUAAAGGUGAUUUGAGCGAUAACGAUGUGCUAAUUGAUUAUUUGAUGAAUCAACCGCAUGUUAUGCCUAGAUUGAAUCAAAGAAUUCUUGGCAGCGAAAAUGUCAGUUUCUUAGAUUUAUCUGGUGUGGCUCAUGAUAUUAAUCACAUAAAUACGUUAGCGAAAUUAAGUAAUAGGGAUAUGACAGCCACUUUAAUGAAAAAUUUGAAAUAUUUUACUGGAAAACCAUCAACCAAAUCAUCCCCCUUUAAGGAUGUUCAUUUUAUGACCGUAUGGGUGUUCGCCGAUUUGAAUACAGGCGAAGGAAAGGAAUUACUUCUGAAUGCUUUAAAAUAUAUGACUUCAGUUCGCAAUAUUCGAGUGGCGUUUAUACCCAACGCAGAAGGUGAAAUUAGUUAUAAAAUUAAAAAUUUAAAUCAUUUAGUGUGGGCAGCUUCACAAGCUUUGGAUGGUGAAAUUGCUACUAGUUUUGCUAUUAGAUUGCUUGAAAAUCAAGUUAGUGAUUCCGCCGAUGUUAUUGUACCAGAAGCAGUCAAAGAAAUUUUGCCUUCAACUGAUGUUCAUAUAAAAAUGUUGCGCUUUUAUGCUCAAAGAGCAAUCAAUUUAAGUAGCGCUCAAAGGAUGGUUAUAGUUAAUGGAAAAAUGUAUGGACCGUUGUUAGAGGAUGAAAGUUUUGAAACUGAUGACUUCGCUUUAAUUGAACGUUGUAACAAUCUUCAAUAUAUUGAUAAAUUGAAAAGAGUUUUCAUUGCUUCUGAAGAAGAAUUGCAAUUAGAUAGUGAUGUGGUUUUAAAAUUAUUCUCAAGUUUGACACCAAGGCAAUCUAAAAGUCGCUUUACUUUACCAUCAGAUUUGCAAGAAGCUCACAGUGUUGUAAAGUUAGAACCUAAGAAACCUGAUGAACCAUAUUUUGAAAUUGCAGCAGUAUUGGAUCCUGCCUCGAGAGCAGCUCAAAAAAUCGCUUCACAUUUAAUUUUGUUAAGAAAUGUUAUCAAUUGUAAUAUGAAAGUUUAUUUAUGUGCUAUAGAACAACACAGUGAUAUGCCAGUUAAAAACUUUUAUCGAUAUGUUGUUGAACCAGAAGUGAAAUUUAGUCAGGAUGGGAAAUUAGCUGACGGCCCAGAAGCUCGAUUUACAAGUAUUCCAGCUAAUCCUUUAUUGACACAAAAUAUGCAGGUGCCUGAAAAUUGGUUAAUUGAACCAGUUAGAUCUGUUUAUGAUUUGGACAAUAUAAAAUUAGUCGAUAUUGGUGGUCCUGUUCAUAGUGAAUUUGAAUUGGAAUAUUUGCUGCUGGAAGGUCAUUGUUUUGAUUCAAAUACGGGAGCGCCCCCACGUGGGCUGCAAAUGACUUUAGGAACAAAAAGUAAUCCCCUGAUGGUUGAUACAAUAGUAAUGGCAAAUUUAGGGUAUUUCCAAUUAAAAGCUAAUCCUGGAAUUUGGGAAUUAAGAUUACGCGAAGGAAAAAGUGCCGAUAUAUACGAUAUCAAUAGUGCGGAAGGUACAAAUACAAUUUAUCAAAACAUAUCAACAAAAAUCGUUAUUAGUUCACUACGGUCACAUGUUAUUAAAUUAAAAGUAUCUAAAAAGCCAGAAAUGACUAAUGUUGACUUACUAAGUGAUGAUGAGGAAAGUGGCAGUAUUUGGAAUUCUAUAACAAGUUCAUUUGGUGGAGGUAAAGAAGCUAGUGGAACGGAAACAAUAAAUAUUUUCUCUGUUGCCUCAGGACAUUUAUAUGAGAGAUUGUUGAGAAUUAUGAUGCUCUCACUGUUAAAACAUACUAAGUCUCCAGUGAAAUUUUGGUUCCUUAAAAAUUAUUUAUCGCCUCAUUUUAUUGAUUUUCUACCUCAUAUGGCAAAAAAUUACAAUUUUGAAUAUGAAUUAGUACAAUACAAGUGGCCAAGAUGGUUACAUCAACAAACUGAAAAGCAAAGAACAAUAUGGGGCUAUAAAAUUUUGUUCUUAGAUGUACUUUUUCCACUAGAUGUUAAGAAAAUAAUUUUUGUAGAUGCAGACGCGAUUGUCCGAACAGAUAUAAAAGAACUAAAUGAAUUACCUUUAAAUGGUGCUCCAUACGCUUAUACACCAUUCUGUGAUUCUCGAAAAGAAAUGGAAGGGUUCCGUUUUUGGAAACAAGGUUAUUGGAAAAGUCAUUUAAUGGGUCGACGUUAUCAUAUUUCAGCUUUAUAUGUUGUUGAUUUGAAAAAAUUUAGACGCAUUGCAGCUGGUGAUCGUUUACGUGGUCAGUAUCAAGCCUUAAGUCCAGAUCCAAAUAGUUUAUCGAAUUUGGAUCAAGAUUUACCCAAUAACAUGAUACAUCAAGUAGCUAUAAAAUCUCUACCAGAAGAAUGGUUAUGGUGCCAAACAUGGUGUAGUGACAGUUCAUUUAAAAAAGCAAAAGUUAUCGAUUUAUGUAACAAUCCACAGACAAAGGAAGCAAAACUAACAGCAGCUCAAAGAAUCGUACCAGAAUGGAAAGAUUAUGAUUUAGAAAUAAAAAAUUUGAUUGCAAAAGUAGAAGAUACUGAAAUGGAAAAUCAAGAUGCCUAUAGUGGUCAAAAUAAAAUUAAUGAAAACGGCGGUGAUGAACAUACUGAGUUUGAAGUUAACGAUGAUUUAAGACAUAGUGAAUUGUGAUUUUCUGAUUACAAAGUUGAUUAUAAAUAGAAUUUUCAUUGGAAAAAUUUAAUAAAAAGAAUAACAAACGUUUUUAAAUGAAAUUUCUAGUCU